ACGACAGUCAAUGCGGGACGAUGAGACGUCGAUUAGUGAUUUGUUGUGUUUUGGUUGUGGUUGUGGUGAAGGCAAAUCAAUUCGAUACUAUAUUACCAUCUUAUCUGAAUCCGUGCCACUCAGCGGGCUACUCAGAUGAUGCUGCGUUACUACCUGACGAAGCACUGGAUUUAAAUCACGACCAGGAGGAGAAGGAGAAGAAAAAAGCGGGCAAUGAUGAGUCGAAGGCCAGGGAAAGGAGAGGAGCCGUGGCCGGUGUGUGGCGCCUUUGGGACCAUGCCGUCAUACCCUACGAGAUUGACGCAUCUUUUACUGGUUAUCAGCGGGCAUUGUUCAUGAAUGCAUUCCGCCAGUGGGAAGAGCGUACGUGCUUGUCCUUCGUCCCGAAAGAACCUGUUCAUGAUAACUGGAUUAUCAUUACGAAAGGAGACUGUGGUUGCUCUUCUUUCGUCGGUAACAAGCGCCUCGGUGGUCAAGGUCUCUCAAUUGGUCGCGGUUGCGACAAGUUUGGAAUCAUCCUGCACGAGCUGGGCCACACGAUCGGGUACUGGCACGAGCAGAGCAGACCCGACAGGGACGAGUAUGUGCUGGUCAAGUUGGACAAUGUUGCAGCAGGUCGUGGAUACAACUUCAACAGGCAACCUGAAUAUGAAAUCGACUCCCGCGGAGAGCCGUAUGACUUCAAUAGCAUCAUGCACUACUCUUCCCAUCAGUUCAGCAAAAACAGGGGAGCUCAAACCAUCAUUCCUCGACCCAGUGCCAAGAUGUUUAUCGGACAGAGGGUCGCUCUGAGUGACGGGGAUGUCAGACAGACUAAAAAGAUGUACAGGUGUCCAAAAUGUGGGGAAACUCUGCAAAAUUCGAAAGGCAGGUUUACAACACCUAUGAAGAAAUACGCCGGUAUGGUGUGCCAGUGGCGAAUCCACGUUUCGCCCGGUGAGAAAGUGACCUUCAACAUCACGUCUAUGUUUAUACCUAAAUCCAGCAGCGCUAAAUCUUCUGUCUGUGCCAAAGGCUACGUCGAAGUCAGAGAUGGGUACUGGAAAAAGUCUCCUCUGAUUGGUCGUUACUGUGGUUUCAAGAUCCCGCCACCAUUCACAUCGACGGGGAAUAGAGUGUGGAUUGAAUUCAAAAUACUCACGGACAUAGGUGCUGUUGACAUGCAAUAUGACGUUGUAUGUGGCGGUGAACUCACAGCGGAAGAAGGUAUGCUGACAAGUCCAAACUACCCAGGUUUUUACAAGUCGAACAAAGAGUGCUACUGGAGUAUUACCCUUGACAAGGAGUGGAGAAUACUCAUUCGAUUUGAAGUAUUUGAGAUCGAGUUGUCCGAUAAUUGCGAGUUUGACUAUCUACUAAUCAAAGAUGGCUGUCGCCUCGACUCCCCAAUCCUUGGUCGGUUCUGUGGAGGAACCAUCCCCGAUGAUAUCGUCUCGUCGAGCAACGAGAUUUGUUUGUCAUUUGCCUCCGAUGAUAGCGUCCACAAGCAGGGGUUCGUCUUUCAUUACAACAAAGUUGUGUGACGGGGUGAGCAGUAUGACUUAUACGGGGUGAGCAGUGUGACGUGGUGAGCAGUAGGACUUGUUAUGAUUCAGCAAACGGAACCAACCAGUCGAUUGGAUGACACUUACUGGAGCACCGGUGGCAGUUUUUUCCUCACGGAUCCAUACUUGAAAUGACGAAUGAGAUUAUAAUUGUGUUUCCGGAAUGGUGUCAUAUGAACAUUAUAAGCGUAUCAGUUUGAUUUUCAAAACAAAAACGAAAACAUGUCAGCACCGUCACAAAGAGAUGGGAUGUUGCAAAGGAUGGUGGUUGAUCACUGCGAUUGGUGCAUGGCUAAGAGUACAAAAAUGUAUCUUGCCAAUUUAUAAUUUGUCAUUAACAUAUAGCUGUCAAAGGAUAUUUAUAUGAAGAUCAUUUUGUAAUUUAUAUCAGAGUCAUAAUAGAUUGUUGAUGGUAGUUGUAGUGCUGUAAAAUGUAUGUGCACUGUAUAUUGAAUAAAGUAGGGUAUUCGGUCAAAAUACCGGACACCUAGCCUGAAAUG